GCUGAAGGAAGUGUAUCUUCAUCCCUCCACACCUACAGUAAGCAGGCUUCAUUGCAACACACACAAUGGCAGAUGCAAGCUUCCAGAAGGAGUUCCUGGAAACCCACAAUGCCUACAGGGCGAAGCAUGGUGCGCCACAACUGACCCUUAACAGCGAGAUGUCUGCCGCAGCUCAGAAGUGGGCUGACCACCUGCUGUCAAUCAACAGCCUGCAGCACAGUGACAAUAAUGACGGAGAGAACAUCUACAACAUGUGGAGUUCAGCAGCCAGCAAUUCCACAGGGAAAGAAGCUGUGGAUUCGUGGUACAGUGAGAUCAAAGAUUACGACUGGAGCAGCCCGGGUUUCAACGGCAACACUGGGCAUUUCACUCAGGUGGUGUGGAAGGAGAGCAGGGAGCUGGGUGUGGGGCUGGCCACCGAUGGACACAGUGUGUUUGUGGUUGGGCGCUACAGGCCAGCUGGCAACAUGGUCAAUCCGGGAUACUUCGAGGCAAACGUCCUCAAAGAGUAAAGGCUGUGCCUUUUACAGCUGGCAGAGAAGAGGGUGGAGCAGGAAGCCCCUCCAGUGGUGGAGCAAGCCCGAAGAAGAGCUGCACCCUGCUGUAGGCGACAGUGACCGUCCCUCCCAGCUCCAACUCACUGCUGCUUAAUGUGUUCCUUGUUCUUAAAUAGCAAACAGCC